CUCAAGUGGUGUACAUGGGAUUUGGUCCAACUAGGGAAUUAAAAGCUCACUUUUGUUUCCGUCCAGACGUCAAUACAUGUAACACCUACCUAGAACCAGUGUGAACGAAUGUAAAUGAGUGAAGUUUAUUUAGUAAAAUAUAUUACAAAUCUAAACCGUCAUGUACGGUUGCCUUUUAAGGGGUUUGCGGACCAAAGGCAGACUAUGUCCUGGUGGUUAUGACGUUGACCCUUGCACACCAACCACGUACAGGUUUCUAAAACGCUGUUUACACUCAAUAAUAUUAGGCGUCAACACAUGCAGGCGACCUUUGAUACACAUUCUCUCAGACGGAGUUUGGCAGCAGCCGGUGUCAGCCUGUUUGAUGAGCACCAGAUCGCAGAGAAAGCGAUUACCAAGUGCCUUUCCAGUUUUAGAUGAAUCCCUCAAGCCUAUUCACAACAGUGUUUUCGAGGCUAACCUAAAAAACAGCCAGGCAUGCCAACAGAGGUAUUCUGAGUUAAUGAAAAAAGUAAAAAUGGGAGGUGGAGAGAAUGCAGUAAAGAGGCACACCCAGAGAAACAAGAAGAUGUUGGUGACUGACCGUCUGUGCAUGCUGUUUGAUGAUGGCUACUACCUUGAGCUCUCUCCUUUUGCUGGAAUGGGCCUUCCCUAUGGAGACAUUCCCUCAGCAGGCUGUAUAACUGGCAUAGGUCAAAUCAAUGGGCUAUGGUGUGUGUUUAUUGCUAAUGAUGCCACUGUGAGUGCUGGUACUGCCUACCCCAUCACUGUGAAGAAGCAGCUCAGAGCCCAGGAUGUGGCCAUCCAGAACAGGCUGCCUUGUGUUUAUCUGGUGGAUAGUGGAGGUGCUUUUCUUCCUCUCCAGUCUGAGAUCUUUCCUGAUAAAAACCAAGGUGGACGUACUUUCUACAAUGAAGCCAUCAUGUCGGCCUUGAAGAUCCCCCAAGUGUCAGUGGUAUGUGGUUCGUGUACAGCUGGUGGUGCAUACAUCCCCACCAUGGCAGAAGAGACCGUGAUGGUGCACCGGAUAGGGACAAUUUUUCUGGGAGGACCGCCACUAGUGAAAGCUGCCACAGGGGAAGAAGUCUCCCCAGAGAAUCUGGGUGGGGCCACACUCCAUGCAGAAGUCAGUGGCUGUGUGGACCACUUCGCCUUGUUGGAAAAGGAGGCCUAUGAAACCACCCGCAACAUUAUCUCCACCCUCAACUUUGAGUUGCCAGAGGAGGUGGAAGAGGUGGAGGAGCCUUUACACAGUGUUGAGGAGUUGAUGGGCCUGGCCCCCUGUGACUACGACCACAGCCUGGAUGUUAAACUGAUACUGAGUCGGUUGACUGAUGGGAGUAAGUUCCAGGAAUUCAAGGCUCGAUAUGGAACAACCCUUGUUACUGGUUUUGCCAGAAUUUAUGGGCAUCAGGUUGGCAUCGUGGCGAGCAAUGGGGAGCUUACGCACAACGCGUCACUAAAAGGCAGCCAUUUUGUCCAACUCUGUGAUCAGCGAGAUAUUCCUCUGAUAUUUCUACAGAACACCGUCCCAGCACCAGAGCAGACCCUCUCCCAUUCACAGUCCGAGCUCAACGCCAACAGACUGAAGGCUCAGGCUUCCAUGAUGACUGCGGUGGCAUGCGCCUCUGUUCCUAAAAUCACUCUUGUGAUUGGGGGAUGCCAUGGCUCUGAUAGUUAUGCUAUGUGUGGUAGGUCCUUUGACCCAAACUUUCUAUUCUUAUGGCCUAAUGCCAAAGUGUCCCUGAUGGCCCCUGGUCACUCUGCAGCUUUGGCACAAGAGGACGAUGAUGUUGAAAAAAUCAAUAAGAGGUUAGAGAAGGAGAGCUCUGCAUUUUUCUCAUCUGGCAGGCUGUGGGAUGAUGGGGUAAUUCUUCCUCAGGACACAAGGAAGGUUUUAAGUGAUUGUCUGAAAAUCAUGAAGCAACAAGAAUACCAACUCUCCAAAAAGAGACUAAGGACUCCAUUACUUCGAUUCUAACACUGCCUCACUGUUUGUUUUUUAAAUGGAUUCAUCUCAAUACUUUUUUUAAAUGCUGAUCACAGAAAAUUUGCAGUAUCUCACAAACAACAUUUUUGUAAAUAUUUGAUUAUAUUUUUUCAUGUGACAACACUGAAGAAAGGACACUUUGCCUCAAU